AUGCCGUCCGCCGCCGGACCCAGCAGCCCCGCCGCUGCUCUCGCCGAGGCGCUGGAAAACUCUGCCCGGCUGAUCGACAGACACCUGCAGGAUGACCGCUGCUUCCCGGACCUGUCAGAGCUGCUCAGCGUCCCCUCUCACAACAUGCCGUCCCUCUCUGGUGUGUCGGACAUGGACUACCCCCUCCAGGGCUCAGGUUUGCUGAGUGUGCCAAACCUCCCAGAGCUCAGCGCAGUCCGCCGAGUCCCUCUACCACCUGAGCUAGUGGAGCAGUUUAGCCAUAUGCAGUGUAACUGCAUGAUGGGAGUUUUUCCUGAGAUCUCUAGAGCGUGGCUUACCAUUGACAAUGACAUCUUUAUGUGGAACUAUGAAGAUGGAGGAGAUGUGGCCUACUUUGAUGGCCUUAUUGAAACCAUCUUGGCAGUUGGUCUAGUUAAACCAAAACAAGGGAUUUUACAGCCUCACAUUCACUACCUGUUAGUGUUGGCCACUUCUGUGGAUGUCGUGAUCCUGGGGCUCAGCUUUCCUAAGAGCCAGGCUGGCUUGAAUGACAGCAUGUCUGGUGGGAUGCAGCUGCUUCCAGACCCCCUGUUCUCCAUCCCCACAGACAACACCUACAUCCUCUCCAUCACCUCCACAGACCUGGGACGUAUCUUUAUGGCAGGGAAAGAUGGCUGCCUCUAUGAGGUGGCCUACCAGGCAGAAGCAGGCUGGCUGAGCCAACGCUGCAGAAAGAUCAACCACUCCAAAAGUUCUCUUUCCUUCCUCGUCCCCUCCGUGCUCCAGUUCUCCUUCUCUGAAGAUGACCCCAUUGUGCAGAUUGCGAUUGACAAUACCCGUAACACCCUCUUCACACGGUCUGAGAAGGGAGUCCUGCAGGUGUAUGACCUGGGAGCAGAUGGACAGGGGAUGAGUCGGGUGGCAACAAUGUCACAGAACUCCAUUGUGGCAGCAGCUGGAAAUAUUGCUAGGACAAUUGAUCGUUCUGUCUUCAAACCCAUUGUUCAGAUCUCUGUGAUUGACAGAUCUGAGUCCACAGACUGCCAUCUGCUGGCUGUCACUCAUGCAGGUGUACGUCUUUACUUCAGUACUGCACCGUUUGCCCCUGCACUCCAGAAACAUCUUCCGGUGAGACCGAGUCUCUUAGCUUUGGUCCACGUUCGCCUUCCACCGGGAUUCUCUGCAUCCUCCACCCUUCAGAAGCCUGCCAAGGUCCAUAAGGCACUACAUAUCAAAGGAGUCCUGCUCAUGGCUGCGUCUGAGACUGAGGACAGUGACCUUCUGUGGUGCAUCAAUCAUGACUCGUUCCCUUUCAAGAAGCCCCUGAUGGAGACUCAGAUGAUGUCUAACGUAGACGGACACACUUGGGCCGUUUGUGCCAUCAAUGAGGAGAAGCCAAGUAGAAUCACCACUCCUCUGAACAAAGACCAGAUCCCCAUCACAGACUCACCUGUGGUGGUUCAGCAGCAUAACAUCCCCCCACAGAAGUUCGUCCUGCUCUCUGCAAAGGGGAGUCACAUCUUCCAGAAGCUCCGACCUGUGGACCAACUGCGCCACCUACUGGUCAGCUGCGCCGGAGGAGAAAGUGAAGAGAUUGAACGAUUCUUCAAGCUGCACAGGGAGGAGCAGGCUUGUGCCACAUCGCUGAUCCUAGCCUGUUCACGUGCUGCUUCUGAUAGAGAGGUUUCCCAGUGGGCGACCAGAGCGUUCUUCAGAUAUGGUGGAGAAGCACAAAUGAGAUUCCCAUCAGCGAUGACGUCUCCAAGUACUGUUGGACCUGUGAUGAGUUCUCCAGCACCAGGUGUCGUGCCCCCGGCUUUGGCCACUCCUUUUGCACCAAUGCAUGCUGGGUCUGCCCCCAUCACUCCCAUGUCAGCCGGCCCAGAGGUGAUUUUCUCAGGGAAACACAACGGCAUCUGCAUUUACUUCGCCAGGAUUCUUGGAAAUGUAUGGGAUGGGAGCCUUGCUUUUGAGAAAACGAUAAGCAAAGGAAAUCAGACUGUCGGUAUUUUGGAAAGCAGCGUUGGUUCUUUUGAUCUGGAGUCUGUGCUGCUGGAGCUCCGUGGUUUGCAGGAGUUUCUCGAUAAAAAUUCUCAGUUCAGUCCGUCGUCCCUCGGUGCUGCGAGUUUUAGCUCCCCUGCCAACUUGCAGCAGAGGUUGCUGGGAUUUAUGCGUCCUGAUGGUGCCAGCUCACAGCAGGUUCAGCAGGAGCUCCAGAGAAAAUAUCACACUAAGGCUCAGGUCUAUGAGAAGGUGUCUCUGCAGGGCAUCCAGCAGUUAGUGCAUCGUUCCUAUCAGACACUGGCCCUCUGGAAGCUCCUCUGUGAUCAUCAGUUCAGCCUCAUUAUGUCUGAGUUACCAAAGGAGUUUCAAGAUCAAAUGAAGGGAGCAAGUUUUAAGGAUGUUGUUAUCCGGGGCAAAGAGCUGUCUGGAGCUCUCAUCACUGCCCUCAUUAAUGUCUACAUCAAAGAUAAUGCCUCUGUGGAUGCCAUCAGUAAUCAUCUGCGGGACAUCUGCCCCCUGCUGUACAGCAGUGAUGACAGCGUGUGCUCUAAGGCUAAUGAGCUGCUGCAGAGUUCAAAGCAGAUCCAGAAUAAGGCAGAUAAAGAAAGAACGCUAAGGGAGUCCAUGCGACUCUAUCAACAGAUCAGCCAACACACAGAUCUGCCGCUCGUCUGCUCCCAAUACAGGCAAGUGCGCUUCUACGAGGGAGUUCUUGAGUUGUGCCUCACAGCAGCUGACAAAAAGGACCCACAGAGACUUGGACCUCACUUCUAUAAAAACGGAGAGCCAGAGGAGGACAAAGUGGGACAGCAGGCUUUCCAGGAAAGACUUUCAUGUUACAAGUGCAUCACAGACACAAUGCAAGAGCUGGUGAUCCAAAGCAAAGCUGCCCCUCAGUCCCCCAGUGUCCCUAAGCAACCAGGGCCUCCUGUCAUGACCUCUGACCCCAACAUGCUCAGUAAUGAAGAGGCUACUGCACAUUUUGAGCAGAUGCUGGGACUGGCCCAGAGGUCUCAGGAUGAACUGUUUCACAUCGCUCUGUACAACUGGCUCAUCCAGGCGGACCUGACCGACAAGCUGCUGGAGGUGAACUCUCCGUACCUGGAGGAGCAUUUGAUGCAUAUGAUCAAGCAGGACCAGAGUAAGGUGCACAACAUGGACUUACUAUGGCGCUACUAUGAAAAGAACCGUAACUUUGGCAAAGCAGCGCACGUCCUGGCCCGCCUCGCAGACAUGCACAGCACUGAGAUCUCUCUGAAGCAGCGUUUGGAGUACGUUGCUCGGGCCAUACUGUCCGCAAAGAGUUCCUCCUGCAUCUCAGCUCAGGCAUCUGAUGGAGAGUUCCUACAUGAGCUGGAAGAAAAGAUGGAGCUGGUGCGUAUUCAAGUGCAGAUUCAGGAAACCCUCAUCAGGCAGUAUUCCCAUCAUCCCUCUGUAAAAACGGUCAUCUCUCAGUUGGACUUGGAGCUCAUGGAUAUUACAAAGCUUUAUGGGGAGUUUGCCGACCACUUCAAACUGUCUGAGUGUAAGCUGGCUAUCAUUCACUGCGCGGGACACUCGGACCCCAUCCUGGUCCACUCACUGUGGCAGGAAAUCAUGGAGAAAGAACUGGGGGACACUGUGGCCAUGAAACCCAUAGACAGGAUGAGGUCUCUGAGUCUGAAACUAGUGUCACUGGGAAAGAUUUAUGCUGGAACACCAAGAUAUUUUCCUUUGGAGUUCCUGGUGAAGUUUCUGGAGCAGGAGGUGUGUCGGCUCAACUGGGACGUGGGCUUCGUCACCUCCACCAUGCAGGAGAUCGGAGUCCAGCUGCCACGUCUUCUGGAGGUCUACGACCAGCUCUUCAAAACUAGGGAUCCCUGUUGGCAGCGGCUGAAGAAACCCCUGCACCUGGUGGAGUGUAUUCAUGUGCUUCUGUCAGGAUACGUGGAUGACCCCAGCAGAGUCCCCACCUAUGACAGACGUCGUUUCACUAACGUGUGUCUGGACGACAUCUGCGGUUACCUGGUGGAGCUUCAGUCUCUGAGCCCCAACGCGGCGCUUCAGCAGACCAUCGGGAACUUCAAGGCCCUGCAGGCCAAGCUGGAGAAGCUGCACUGAAACCACGCGGACCACGCUGGAAUCUGACCCACGGACUUUUAUUUGCAUUGUGUGCAAAACACUGAAAGUGACCUGAUGUUGAAGUUACUUGUGUUUCUAUAAAGAAAAAAACAGCUGAAGUCUGCGAUGUACAGGAUAGUUUUCACUGAUCUAAAAUACACCUGCUCUUCAUGUUUGAAGUGAAUCCACAGGUGAGAACCAGCCGCUAAAGCCUUCACAUCCAGAGGAACACGGUGGAUUGGUUGGACUUGUUCUUCUGUAAUGGAUCUUGUCAUCUUGUACAAAAACUUUCCCGCUGUGUUGUCUCUUCUGCCAGAGUUCAUCACACUCUUCAACCUAAUUUCCAUGUGUAAUUUUAUUUUAACUGAUUUGUUUUGUGAUUUUAUAUUUUAACACGGUGCUGCACUGGGGAAGAAGGCAAAACAACUCUGGCCUGCAUUCAUGAAACAUUUUUAUAAUGAAAUAAAAUGUUUUUGUGUACUAGACCUGUUGAACCCACUACGUUACGUACCUGUUUGAUCAUCGGCACAAAGCGUUCAGUGACUGUUUUAAAACGCUGAUGAUGCAGAGGUCGAAUGAAUGGACUGUUAGUGUAAUUGGCUCUAAUUGCGGUGCCUCCCAGAGCUCCAUCAGCACGGCAGUAAUUGAAGGGAUUUUAACUUUAAUUACAUGUCAACGCUCGUAAACAAUUCUGUUUAAUUUUUAACCGUUUGAAAAUAAUAAAUUUCACUGACUGUUUGGA